GUCGUAUGCGGAACGCCAUUUACAACACGCUUCGCUGAUUAAUCUGAUUGUGACUCAUUCCAUUUUGACACGGUGCAUCCCAACGUUCGCGCGUGCCCCGUACUGAAUGGUAAUACACGUGCAAAUGAAAUGUUGUAUUGCCUCGUUUAAAUAUAGUUCCUCACGCUGCAAGGAGAAUGCAACACCUGCUCUUGCAUCAGAGAGGCAUUCAGGUGCCAGUCUGGCUGGCGAGACAACCUCGCCUUCGAGGCGACUUAUUAGUCCAUCGGUCGGUUAUAAAUACUGUGCGGAGACGCGCACGGCAUGACAUGGCUCCGAAUUCGCCACAGAGGCUAACCGCCAGUCUUUACAUUGAUUCCGUUUUCCCAGUAAGAUUCGGCAAGUGGGAUAUACGUUAUCUCUUCGCCACUCUCCGUCAGCCAGCCAUAAUGGACAGACUGGCGGCCAUAUUCAAGGACAUAGACGUUCAUGGAUUCAAGUUACUCAAUUUGGAGCUCCCAAGAUCCAAGGAUGGAGGUGUUUUUGCCGAAUUUCAGUACACGGCCCCCGACCCUGAGGAAAUACCAUAUUCACUCGCUGAGAUACAAGAGGUUCUGCGCAAAUCAGCUAGAGAUCAUGGUGGUGUGCCUUCCUGGUCCGGUUUGAGGCAGGGUGAUAUAUGGCUUGUAAAGGGGAAGCCUUGGAAAGAAGAUUUGGAUCGCUUUCCAUCAUCACAAUUGAGGAUCGAAUUUGAGGGUGCAGAUGUUCACACUGAAGUGCUGUACGAGGCGCUCAGGCCCUACGGCCCACUCGUUGACAUCACUCGGCCAUCACCUGUUCCUGCAGGGGCUCCCCACUUUGCGAAUGCUGUAUUCUACCAGGUCCGUUCUGCAGUGCGCGCUCAGAAUUGCCUGCACGGAAUCGUUAUAUACGCAAGCGAUACCGCAAAGACUCGUUUGGGCCUUGUCUUCGAAAAGACGGUGAAGGUAAGCGCAGUUCGGGAUUGGCUAGCCAGUCAUCCAAGAAUUGUGUUGCCUGUCCUUGCGUUCGUUUUGGGCAUGCUGACGUACACGGUAUUUGACCCCUUACGGACGUUCAUGGUCGAAGUUAAAGUUUGGGAGAUAUUUGAGUACCCAAGCAACAAGUUGACAGAAUGGCUCAGGAAAAAUAUUUUUGGGAGGGUGCCGGUUGACCUCGGUGAAUACCAGUCUCUGGCCAUUCCGGGAGGCACAUGGGAAGAAAGGAAGGAAGCUCAAGUUGCCAUUUCAACUUAUUUGUCUGAUCAACCUGCCACAAUCCUCUUUCUCCAUGGGCCCGCCGGAUCCGGAAAGUGGAAUCUGGUUUCUCGCAUCCUUCGUACUCACAAGCGACCUCAUCUGGUCCUUGACUGCAAGACUGUGCUAGCACAAGAUUCGGACACCAGUGUGAUGGCCCAAAUUGCGAAGCAAACCGGGUAUUGGCCCCUCUUUGGCUUCCUCGGCUAUCUGAACAAUAUAGUCGAUCUUGUCAGUGUUGGUCUCAUCGGACAAAAGGCUGGAUUCAGUAGCCCCCUCGACCAACAGCUCAUGGAUCUUCUCAAAACCGUCGUGACGGCACUUAAACGUGUAAACCACAAACACAUACUGGAACACGAGCGAAAGCUUCGGAAAGAGGUUAUGCAAGAUGAACGCGAGAAGCAGGACAAACGAGUCCGCGAUAUCAUUCGUCAUGGAUUAUGGCACGAUGGGCGGCUUGAUUGCAUUGCUGGAAACGGAAUUAUAGGCGAGCUUGGCCUCGGUGACGAGCUUUUUAGGGCGGAAGAUGAUGUUCCCGAAGACAUUGGAGACGGAGAGAAGCAAGCUGUCGAGGUAUCAGCUAGGAAGUCGGACUUUCAUGAUCUCGUCACGAAGCAGGAGCGCUGGCCGAAGGCUUGGCAAGAAGCUGAGUUCUCUGGAGUGCCUAUUGUGAUUGUUAAAAACUUCGGCUCGAAAGGUGGCACUGGGACUCGUGACAUCGUGCUGGAUGUGUUUUCUAAGUGGGCAACCCAACUUGUCGAGGGCCAUAUCGCGCACGUCAUUGUCGUGAGCGACAAUAAGGAGAAUGUCAAACGUUUGACAAAGUCACUUGGUGCUCGACCCCUCACGGCCGUUUCCCUCGAAGAUGCAGAUACGAUGACUGCUCUUCAAUUUGUCACAGCUCACUCGAGCAAUGCUGAACUUAUGCAGCGUUUAACUCUUGAAAAAUUGUCAUACAUCGAGAGGCUUGGUGGACGCGUGAGCGAUCUCGAUGCGCUCGUUUACAAGAUACAAAAUGGGAUGAGCGUUGAGGCCGCUGUUGAGGACAUCAUUGAACGUACGACAAGCGAAGUACGUAGGAAUACGUUCGGUGAUGAUAUGGACGAUGUGAAGGGUCUCGCAUGGCAACGCGAGCAAGCGUGGGCGGUUGUCUCCAAACUGGCGUCGCAGGAUGAGAUUCCCUAUUUAGACACUCUCUUGGAUUUCCCCUUCAAGGGCGAUGACGUUCCUAUAAGAGAGAUGGAGCGCGCAGAAUUAAUCCAUGUUGUCACUCGUCAAGGAGUGCCAAUAUCGAUUCGGGCUGGUAGACCAGUGUACAGAUACGUUUUCCAGAGACUGAUGAACGACCCAAUAUUCCAUGCGCUUCAGGAAAUAGGUUUCAACGAGAAACGGAUUGCACUGGCUGAAUCAAAUGUUCGAGCUUGCGAAGAGGAACUCAUCAAACUCAAGUCGAUUGGAUUGGACCUGACGGAAUCGUACUGGGGCACCCCUUCAGUGAGCCUUAGAGUCAAAUACUUGGCCCAGAAGAUGAGAUCUUCUGCGCAAAAAAUUAUCCUUUUGGAGGAAAAAAAUGCCAAGCUGAGGAAAGUUCUUACGAAAUAUCCUCGAUCGUAGCUACUGGUCGAAGUAAUUUGUAAGUGCGAAAUAAUUGAUAGUACCAAAGCUGCACCACUGUUACAAGCGAGUAAACAAUCUGGUUUGGUGAAUAGUUUUCGCAAUCCACUCUCGAUGAAUGCUUAUUCGGGAAGUUGUUUCAUGCAUGUUCAUUGUGUCGCCUCCAGUUCCGUGUACGAUUCGCGGUUACGUUCGCAUCACCAUUACCAAGAGUAACAUACAGGGCCAACGGUACCAAAUUUCAAGUCACCCUAGAACAUC